AUGCGAAAACAUUUCUUGCUAAACGAUGAAAAUGGUUAUAUAACAAAGGGUAUGGAACGACCGCCACAAAUGCAAAAUCCAAUGGCCGAUCCAACGAUGAUGACCGAUAUGCUAAAGGUCGGUUAA